AUGGCCCAGACAAAGCCGCCCGAAGCGGGCCACUAUGAGUACCUGAACCCAGAGCUUGACUGUCCUAGUUGGUGGUCCUACUUCUUUGCCGGCGGCUACCUGUGGCGCUGGCUUUCCAGCCCGCACCUCUACUUUCUGGGCGGUCUCGAGUACCGGGCCAACCCAAGCCCCUUUACGGUUAUCGAUGGCUUGGGAGGCGAGAAGAUAUACGAGCGACCGUUCGAGUGCUAUAUCGAUCCCUUUACGGGCAAGAUCAGGCGGCUCUACGUCCAGGCCCCCAACUCCCUGUGCCGACUCUUUCCUAAGAACGCUAACGCCACCUGGAGGCGCACGCCUAUCCGCAAUGCAUCCUCCAUCUGGUUCCGCCUCGCGAACCUUCCCUUCCGCCUCCCCCGGGACUGGCUGGUGGUGAUUCCCAUGUGGGCCGUGACAGUGGUGCUUUUUCUCUUCGGUUGGGUGCUGAGUCUAAUCUCGGGCGCGGUCUCGCCGAACGAGCGCAAAGACAAGACCAAGUACCUGCCUCUGCUGUACAGCGGGCUCCGCUAUCCCCGCUUGGCGCGCAACAUGCUCGAGAACCGCGAGGCGGUGCUUCGCCGGCUGAAAGCCCAGGAGGCCGACAACAGGACGGCCGCCAUCUCCAAUUACCGCACCUUCCGUCCGCGCUUCCUAAAUUACCUUGUCGAGGUCGAGAACAACGGACAGAAAAUGGUCGGCUAUGAGCGGCUUCCCGUCCGCCCAGAUGACCUCACGCCUUACGUCCUGGUAGCCUUCUCGUCCGAGCAUUACCACAUCCCAGACGAGAACGAAGCCCUGAACGACGACCGAAAGUCAGACCUGGAGGCUCUGCUAGCCAUGGCCACCAAGGCGGCUGAAACGUACUUCAGCCCGAGUUCCGAAGAUCUGGAGAAAAAAACCAAGGCGUUCUGGCUGUCGGCCAACUGCAUGCCCUUCAACGAGCUUGCCGACGAACAUGGCGUUGUCCACGAGGUGGAUGAGUGCGACAGGGAACGGCUGAUGAACCAAGACACAUACAGCAUCAGCGACAUUGUACGCGCCGCUGAGCAUGUUAUCGUUGUGGCGGGCAACAUAGAUCGCCCAUGGGACGAUGGCGCGCUCCGGGUCUGGGGCCGGCGGGUGUGGACGCUGCCCGAGAUUCUGCUCAGCAAGGGGGACUCGGUCACGGUCAUGCAAUGCGGCAUGCGGAAGUCCGAUAAUCAGCGGGAGCCCGAGCUACACAUCGAGUUCCGCGAGAUCCGCAAGGCCGUUUUCCCCUCUGUGGCCUGGCCGGACCCCCUGACGUCGCGCCAACUGAUCGAACACUACAGCAACCUGCACCUGAGCCGGCUGGAGCUGGUCAAAAUCGCGCUCGAGUGCCUGAUGAACCGCAGCCUCCAGGUGAAAUACCGGGGCGACCGCAGCUACGCGCUCAUGGGCCUGCUGCGCAGCCGGCCGCCCAUCGACAGGUCCGACUCGGCCUUCCAGGCCUUCGCGCGGCUCUCGCUGCCGCAGGACAGCGACCGGCUCAUGGAGCGGCUCAUCUGCCUCCUACCGGAGGAGCCCGAGCAGAGCUGGGAGCUGAUGAAGGACAAGUACGAGGCCAGCCUGUGGGACAUCUACCUGGACACGCAGGUGUGCGCCAUCGGCGAGAACGACACGGUCGUCAUUGACGGCGCCUACGGCGCGCAGAUCCAGUGGUCCAUGUUCAGCAGCGUGCGCGUCCGCAGGAGACUCACGAUCCGGCGCCUGGUGUGCUUCUACACCAUCACGUUCUCGCCGUGGAUCUUCAUCAUCGGGCUCAUCCUGGCCGCCAGCGCCAGACGCGAACAAACACAGUAUACAAAUAGCCUGCCCCAAAAUCCCUUCGGCUUGGACAUCCCCCCGACCUCCGACAGCACCCCUGACUCGGUAAAGAAGAAGUACAAAGCGGGCGUGGCCCUGACGGUCCUCACCCUGCUGUACACCGGCAAGCUCUGGGAGGUCGAGCCCUGCUUCUUCGGCAUCGAGGGCUACGUGCCGCUGGAUCUCAUCGAGGAGCGGCUUCUCGGCACGCGCUCCGUGCGCCAUCGCCGCCUGCGCUGGAGUGCCUACGGCUCCCCGCUGUCGCGCCACACCGAGGGCCCGCCGCACUACGAGCGCGCCCCCGCCGCCGCCGCCGACGAAGCGGACACCCUCCUCCCAACCUACCCCGUCACCCCUCUCGACCCAACCGCGCCCUGCCCAGCCUGUGCCACUCCCACCGCGGCACCGCGGUUCUGCGAGCACCACCCCACGCCGGCCUCGCUGCACAAGAUGUCCCGCAGCCCGAUGGGCGCGCUCAAGCCCUUCACGCUGGUCGACACGCUCAACAUGACGGCGACGCUCUUCUACGCGGCGCGCCCGCCGACGGUGCUGGUGGUGGGCGGGUCCGAGGGCGGCAUGAAGCGGGCGCUGGCCUGCUCGUUCGACCUGGCGACGGGCACGCUGGUGCGCGAGACGGUGCUGCGCAUCCCGACGCGCAGCGUCGGCUGCAUGGAGCGGCUGCCGCGCGUGCGCAUCGGGCUGGGCCGGGUCGUGCGCAGCGGCGAUGUGGAGCCUCUUGGGGCUAUGGGAGGGGCCGGGGUGGUGAAGUGGUGA